UGUUCCACAACCCCCCCGGGUUUCUCACUCUGGGAACAUAAAUCACAACCGAGUAACCCAAAUUCGCGAUUUCGACUUCUCUUCUUUGGUUUUAGUGUACUCUAAGAGCACCAUUGCAGGCGACAUGCUACUGAGGAAACGAGGAACAGUUACGUGCUUGAGCUCCCAAUGCAGUAGAGUUUAUACUGCUUCCAAGAAGUUCUCGUCGUUGAAUCUGCCUCCUCCGUGGCACAGUGCGAAUGCCGGUAUUUCCUCUUUCGUUGAAGCCACGCAUGAAGAUUCAAGAAAACUUAACGAUGUGGGAAAAUCAGUCGAGGGCAUCUGCAGUAUCUUGAGAAAGGGUCCUUGGGGACCUUCCGUGGAGAGCACCCUUUCGAUGCUCGACGAAAUGCCGAAACCAGAAUUGGUCAUCGGGGUCUUGAGGAGAAUGGAGGACUUCGAUCUAGCUCUACGUUUCUUUCGCUGGGUCGAGAUGAAAACCGACCGAGCUCAUUGCCCGGAGGCGUACAACGCGCUCCUCAUGGUAAUUGCGAGGACGAGAAAGUUUGAUAGGAUGGAAGAGAUAUUAGAAGAAAUGAGUCUUGCUGGAUUCAGUCCAUCUAACAGCGCGUGUGUCGAGUUGAUCUCGGUUUGUGUGAAGUCGCGGAAGCCCAGAGAAGCUUUUCAGCUGAUUCAGAUGAUGAGGAAGUUCAACUUCCGGCCUGCGUUUUCAGCGUAUACCACCUUGAUUGGUGCUCUUUCUUCUGUUCAGGAGUCUGAUCUCAUGCUUACUCUCCUUCAUGAAAUGCAAGAGCUGGGUUAUGAAGUGAGCUUACAUUUGUUUACAACCGUUAUCCGUGCAUUUGCACGGGAGGGCCGAGUCGAUGCUGCCCUUUCUCUGUUGGAUGAAAUGAAGAGCAACUCUUUUCAAGCUGACAUAGUUCUGUACAAUGUCUGCAUUGACUGCUUUGGUAAGGUUGGUAAGGUGGAUAUGGCAUGGAAAUUCUUUCAUGAAAUGAAAGUUCAUGGUAUAAUGCCUGAUGACGUGACAUAUACCAGUAUGAUAGCGGUCCUCUGCAAAGUGAAUAGAUUGGAUGAAGCUGUGGAGUUAUUUGAAAUGAUGGAUCGCAUCCGGGAUGUCCCCUGUGUGUAUGCCUAUAAUACAUUGAUCAUGGGUUAUGGAUCAGCUGGGAAGUUUGAGGAAGCAUACAGUUUACUCGAGAGACAGAAGGCAAAAGGGUGCAUUCCAGGCGUGAUAGCAUAUAAUGGCAUUCUUACUUGCCUAGGGAGGAAGGGUAGAGUGGAAGAGGCGUUGAGGAUUUUUCAUGAGAUGAAAAAAGAUGCGGCUCCUAAUCUUAUAACAUAUAAUGUCCUGAUAGACAUGCUUUGCAAGGCAGGGAAACUUGAAGCUGCAUCUGAAGUUAGGGAUGCCAUGAAGGAAGCUGGGUUGUUUCCUAAUGUAAUAACAGUUAACAUAAUGGUCGAUCGCCUCUGUAAGGCUGAAAAGCUUGAUGAGGCUUGUUCUAUAUUUGAUGAAAUGGAUCGUAUGGUCUGUACCCCUAAUGCGUUUACAUUUUGUUCGCUAAUCGAUGGCUUAGGAAGACAUGGCAGAGUCGAUGAUGCCUAUAGGCUUUACGAGAAGAUGCUCGAUUCAGGUCAUGUUCCAGAUGCAGUCGUUUUUACCUCCCUCAUUAAGAACUUCUUCAAGUCUGGCAGGAAGGAGGAUGGACACAAGAUAUACAAGGAAAUGGUCCGGAGGGGCUGUUCUCCUGAUCUGACACUUUUUAAUACCUACAUGGAUUGUGUGUUUAAAGCUGGUGAGACAGAGAAAGGAAGGUCUUUAUUUGAGGAAAUAAAAGCUCAGGGAUUUACUCCAGAUGCAACGAGUUAUUCUGUUUUGAUACAUGGCCUUGUGAAAGCGGGUUUUGCCAAUGAAACCUAUCAAUUGUUCUAUGCAAUGAAGGAGCAAGGUUGUGUUCUUGAUACCCGUGCUUACAACUCUGUGAUUGAUGGAUUCUGCAAGUCAGGUAAGGUUAACAAAGCUUAUCAGCUACUGGAGGAAAUGAAGUCCAAGGGUCACCAGCCCACGGUUGUUACCUAUGGGUCUGUCAUUGAUGGGCUUGCCAAGAUUGAUAGGCUUGAUGAGGCAUACAUGCUUUUUGAAGAGGCUAAAGCGCAAGGAGUGGAGUUAAAUGUUGUAAUUUAUAGCAGUCUUAUUGAUGGCUUUGGUAAAGUGGGUAGAAUCGAUGAAGCAUACUUAAUCAUGGAAGAGCUGUUGCAAAAUGGUUUGACUCCCAAUGUUUACACUUGGAAUUGUUUACUUGAUGCGUUGGUGAAAGCUGAGGAAAUAGAUGAAGCCCUAGUUUGCUUUCAAUCCAUGAAAGACCAAAACUGCGAUCUCAACCAUUUCACUUACAGCAUUAUCAUAAAUGGUCUCUGCAAAGUUAGAAAAUUCAACAAAGCCUUUGUGUUUUGGCAGGAGAUGCAGAAGAAAGGUCUGAAGCCAAAUACGUUGACCUACACGACGAUGAUAUCAGGACUUGCAAAAGCUGGGAACGUUGUGGAUGCUAAUGGGCUAUUUGAGAGAUUUAAGGCUAGCGGCGGCAUACCUGAUUCUGCCACUUGUAAUGCCAUAAUAGAAGGGUUAAGCAGUGCAAAUAGGGCAAUGGAUGCAUACUCACUAUUUGAGGAAACUAGGUUAAAAGGUCAUAAGAUUCAUACAAAAACAUGUGUGGUUCUUUUAGAUGCAUUACAUAAGGCUGAAUGUCUUGAGCAGGCAGCAAUCGUCGGUGCUGUUUUGAGAGAAAUAGCAAAGUCUCAACAUGCUUCUAAACACUGGUAACAUGUUAUAAGUUCAUCCCAUUGCAUCCUUGAGUGCCACCAUGCAAAGAAUAGGACUGAUUAUUGGAACCAUGGACAUUGCCAAGUCUGAGGACUCGUACCUGUUCCAGGUGUCUCUUCCUGGGUGAGAAGAGAUCGAUGUAAGUUCAUACGAGCAAAGUUAAUUUAUGCUAACAGCUGCGUAUUUUUCCAGGUUUAACUUGGUUUUUAAUGGGCUCGGAGGGUUUAAUUUCUGUGUUCUGCGAUGUGACAAAACUGUAGUGCAAAACUUCCAUUUUGUGAUAUAUCUCUUGUUUUAAGGAAGUGAGCUCAUUUUGAUCUGCUGGUUCUUGCUCUGAUAUGAGCCAUUUGACCGUUUGACCUGCAAGUUAUGCUUGGAUGUCAAUGACUAUUUCUUAAGAGAAAGGAUUUGCAGAUUUAGCAACCUUGUUAGUUUUCUGCUUUAGUGAUGGCAAUUAUGUGCCCAAGAGACAGGAUUUCAGCAAGAUAUCUGUUUCUUUAUGCAUUCAGUUGUGAACUUGACAUGAAUGGCGAGGUUGUGAUCUCAGGAAUGAUCGUGACGGGUGAGAAGAUGAUCCACAGGCUAGGGGAAGUAUUUGUUAGGAAGACGGAAAACCUAUAUCAGCCCAGCCCCUUCUCUCUCUCCUUUCAGCUGCCUGGCCCCAUUGAUCCCGUGCAGUUGAACUUGAACUUUGGCAGAGAUGCGAUUUUCAAGGGAGUCGUGAAGAAGCAGAUGAAUGGUUGAUCUGGAAUCUCGGAUUUCAUAGUAGAUGUUGGCUUGAUGAUGGAAGAACUGUUUGUGUUUUAGGAGCUUGUUGAGGGAGGCUCUUCACUUAUGCUUUGAAAGAUGCAAACUUCCUUAACCGCAUAUCUACCGCUCUUUCUGUGUUGUCGUUCAUCGUGUUAAUUACCAACAAUUUUCUCUUGAAGUACUGGAUACUCCAGUUAUUUCCUUAAUUGAAUAUGUCGCCUUUCACAGAAAA